AUGAAGUACUACAAAGUCCCCACUAGUACCCAAUCUGACGACAAAAACACAGCAUCAUCGGCUGUCGUCGGUCAGUCGCCUCACACAGACAAUCGUUUCAUAACAGUUCUUGACCAGAUUAACCAAGUGCAAGGUCUAGAGAUUCUCACCAAACAAGGCAAUUGGGUUCAAGUUACUAUCCCAAAAGGAGCUGUUGUGGUCUCUGUUGGCGACGCAUUCAAGGUUUGGAGCAAUGGUAGACUUCAUGCUUCAAGACACAGAGUGAUCAUGAGCAGUAGUAGUACUGUAGACAACAAAUUAGAAGACAGGUACUCUUGUGCUUUGUUUGGAUUGCCAGAGGAGGAGUCGAUAAUCCAACCGCAAAAUGAGCUUGCAGACAUGGAGCAUCCUCUGCUGUAUCGGCCAUUCAUACUCGCCGGAUUCUUUAAGUACAUUACCACCAAUAUUUAUGCUCUUUCUGAUAAUCCGCUGAGAAAUUAUGCUGGAAUUGAACUAGUACUGCAGAAUUGA